AUCUGCCUGGUGUUCAUGAUCGGAGAAGUCCUUGAGAUCCUCGGAGCCCUGUUGUCUGUGCUGUCCAUCUGGGUGGUGACUGGGGUGCUGGUGUACCUGGCUGUGCAGCGGUUGGUCUCCGGGGACUAUGAGAUCGAAGGGGGCACCAUGCUAAUCACGGCAGGCUGUGCUGUUGCUGUGAACAUCAUAAUGGGGUUGACCCUUCAUCAGUCUGGACAUGGGCACAGCCAUGACAUCGAAGAACAGGAUAACCCCAGUGUCCGAGCUGCAUUCAUCCACGUGGUUGGGGACUUGCUGCAGAGUGUGGGCAUCCUGGUGGCAGCUUAUAUUUUAUACUUCAAGCCAGAGUAUAAGUAUGUGGACCCCAUCUGCACCUUCCUCUUCUCCAUCUUGGUCUUGGGGACAACUUUAACUAUCCUGAGAGAUGUGAUCCUCGUGCUCAUGGAAGGGACCCCCAAGGGCGUGGACUUCACAGCUGUGAAAGAUCUGCUGCUGUCUGUGGAUGGAGUGGAAGCCUUGCAUAGCCUGCAUAUCUGGGCACUGACAGUGGCCCAGCCAGUACUGUCUGUCCACAUAGCCAUUGCUCAGAACGCAGAUGCCCAAGCUGUUCUGAAGUUGGCCAGUAGCCGCCUCCAGGGGAAGUUCCAUUUCCACACCAUGACCAUCCAGAUCGAAAGCUACUCUGAAGACAUGAAGGACUGCCAGGCCUGCCAAGGCCCCUCGGACUGA